UUUUCUCCUAUCUUGGUUACACUUAGUGAAGAGGUCAAGGAUUACUUUGUCUCUAAAUCGACUCAGCCCCAUUGGCAGAAAGAUAUAUUCAUAGAGUUCACUGGACGAUUGACCGGAGCAUCUGGUGACUUUUUUUUUUUUUCUUUAAACAUUGAUAGAGCGCAUCAAAGUCGCAAUGGUUCCUCCUCCUUCAUACACUGGAACGACUACUGUCCUUCCUACGAAUACUAAUACCCACCUCUAUUUCCGAACUACCAAGGUAUCGGAGUGGAGGCUGGAGGACUUCAUCGUCUCCACAGGGCUGACUGAACGGCCUUUCAUAAUGUACUUGAAGGGUAUCGCUCUACGAAAGGAUUUACCCGUUGAGGUCCAAGAUUUCGCCAAAUUAUUGAAAGACUACUAUGGCGGAGCUUUCCGGGAAGAGUUUGGGGUCACCGAGGGCGAUGCCCACAGAGCUGCCAAUCAUACUCUUUUAAGUGGCAAAGAGGGCUUGCUGCUACAGAACCAUGUAGAUAAUACCAUUGAAAGUGAUAAGCGCAUGUUGAGCGUUGGAAGGUCUUCACAACCUUUAUUAGGGGACAAAGAAUCAGAAGGCCCAGAAGGAUCAUCGGAUUCGAUGUCAUCGCAAACAAAAGGUGCAAAUGAUAGUCAUAAUGAAGAAGGUUUUCUUUGCUUGACACUCUUGAUCAGCCUUUGCCUAUAUACAUCUCAAGCGCAUCAUUCCAGGAGCCAGUGUCCAUCCACACUUUCUUCUUUGACAAUCCGGUCUCCUCAUGGAGUGAUACCCGCGCAUUUUGUCAUCAGCUCCUAAACAAGAACUUCAAAGUCUCUUGCAAAAGCGUGUUUCAUUCAUACGUGCAGAGCCUAUCAGAGAUCGCCAAGAACGAGGCGAUCGAACAUGAUGUCAGAGAGUCGGCCAAAGAACUCUUCACGAUAAGCGAAGCAUGUUUCCGAACUGAUUUCAAAAGGGAACAGGAGGUACUGG